CGUGGAGUGACGCUGGCCCUCGCGGCGGCUGCCAGACCCCGAGUCUCUCCGCGGGAUGAGGAAGUCUGUCUGCAUUCCGUCCUCACAAGCAGCCAGUGGGCAGGGGCCGGGGGACCAGCUCCAACACCACUGCCAGUGCCUUGCCAGUGCACUUGGCCGUACCACUGUUACUUUGCAUGUCUCACCUGGUGAGUAGGUCUUUCUGGGGUGACUUCAGCCUCUGGGGAAGCUCCUUGUUAGAAAAUUUUCUGCCCACUUACAGUGACGGCAGUUAGACGGUCACAUCAGCAGCCACUUCUACAAGGUGGGACCCCUACCUUCCUGUCACUGCUAAUGAGAUGAGAGACGCACAGCUGAACCAAUCAGCUCCUCUCCUGGGACCCAGGACUGGAAUUGGAACCACCAUCCUGUCACGUCUGCUUGUGAGAAGUGAGAUGGAGUAGGACUGUCAUCUCCACCCUGUGCGUGGAGACAGGGUCAUGACCAGGAGACUGUGUGAGCCCGGGACAGGGAGCCAGACCCAGCAGCUGACUCAGAUGGUUUGUGAUGGUUUCCACUUUGCUCUCGUGGGAGACCCACAGCCUUUCAAGGUGGCCCGGCUGAUUAGAAAGCAGCCUCUAGUCCCUCCCGUACCUCUGCGUCUUUUAUCUAAAGGGCCUCUGAGUGAAUCUCUGUUUCUUCCGACCCAAGGAGGCUGGGGGAGAGCAGGGGCAAAAGGUUGGUCCAUAUGAGGCUACAGUAAUAAAAACAGAGUCAGGAGUAAGGAAAGUGAAUGCUCUGCUCUGUUCUGCCCAGGCUCCCCCUGAAGUGUCCUGCCGGCUUAUAGGUGUGGAAUAUUAAGAGGACAUAGCCUGGUUAGAAUGCCUUCAGGAGAGAGGAACCAGAUAACCAGGACAAGAGCCCUGCUUUCUGGAACCCUUUACCCUGGAGUGCCCGGGAGAUCGGGACGUGUGCCUUCAUUCACGUGGUCACUGACUGCCCACUGGGAGCCUGGCUGCCGAAGGCCCCGUACAGGCCAGGCCACGGAGGGUCCCCGGGCACUAGGCUGAGAACAGGACAGGUGAGACCCCGCUCUCAAGGAGCUCACGUUCUAGUGGAGAGAGACAGAACCCAGUUUUAUUGGGGGAGGGGUACCACUUCAGAAAAAGAACAUAAAACCUAGUCAUGAGCUGCCAUAACGGGGGGCACUUCAUAUUUGAGGGUUCAGGGAGGCCUCUUGGAGAGGAUCACACUGAAGGGCCAGAAGGGGCGGGGGGAGCGUCUGAUAGCAGCGUGUGGAACCCCCACCGCCGUCACAACCACCACCUUCAUUUUAAGCACAUUCCGAAGAAUGACUGGAGUUAAAGUACGUUCUGAGUUUGAGUUACAGACCUGUCUGCCGGUCUGGAACUUCCUUAGAACCCAUCCCACAAAACCAUAGCGGGGCGCGGUGAGGUGCGCCGUGUGCAGGCCUGCUUCCCCAUAGCCGGGAGGCCUUCUCCGUCUCACCCUCAGAGCGAACCUCCAAGCCGCAGCCCCUCUGGAUGAAGAAGCCAGGACUUGUAAGGCAUAAAGCCGGCGCACGGGGGAGCCGGCUGUGGUCGCCCACCUCUGUGUCUCAUUCGGUCACUUCCUCCCCCAAGAGACAGGAAGGAGCUGCAGAGGUGUGGUGGGAUUCAGGCCUUCUGGGUCCCCUGCGCCUGCAGAGAACCUGCCGCCUGCAGUCGAAGGGGAGAUUUUCAUGGUCUCGGCGUGCAGUGCCAUGUGCCCAGCCAGACCUCGAGGCAGCUUGACGUUCAGGGAAGACAUCUGGGUCUCAGCCAUAAUCGGCCUGCGCCAGGCUCAUGGUCCACCAGGCACGAUGGGACAAACGGGAGGGUGGAGCAGCCGCUGCUGCGCACAGGCGGAGGGACCUGGGAGGGACCUGGGAGGUGGUCCCGACUCCCUCCGCCUCGCGUCCCUCAUCCUUAUCAAGGGGAGCUCACGGAGAGUGCUCUCAGCAGAGCCCUGGGGAAGCAAAGGUAGCCCCAAGCUCCCGAGCGGCCGUGGCCCACCGUGGCCCCGCGGACCGCACACCUGCUUGCAGAGAAUGUCGCGGGGGGGCACACUCGGUCUCCGUCCGCGUGUGCGUGUCCAGCAGCCCCAACAGAAACGGGGCGGGGGCCACGGGCCUGAUUUCACGCUUUCUCGUGGCUCCGUUAAGAAAGUCACAAGAAUCAGGUGACAGUCGUUUUCAAGUAUAGCCUUAUUUUACGUCAUAUCCCCACUGUUCUCAUUUGAACAAGUAACCGAUGAACUUCAUUAACGAGCUGUUUCACAUGGUUCACCGGCGUCCAGUCAACCCUCACUGCGUCCUCGCACUGGUCACACCAAGUGCCGUCCGUCGCGCCCCGCGGCACGCUCGGUUCCCACGGGAACCCCUGGUCUCUGCUCGGGUUUCAGGAAAUCCGCAGCUGGAAGCGGACUGGGCCCGGGUUGCUCUGACCGCACAACUCUCCCAGCAGGGCCGGGGGAAGGCCGGGCCCCAGCGGGCUGGCGGCUGCAGGGCGGCGGGCCCCACGACCCGGCGGCCGGCGACAGGGCGGAGGCGGCGCCCGUCGAGACGCCACGCAACCCCGGGGCUCCCAGACCCCGCCCGCGCCGCCCUGCGCCGUCCGUCACGCGGCGGCACGGGGCGGGGCGGAACUCCAGAAGGGGCGGUGUCUGCGAGGGGGCGGGGCUCCGGGGGAGGUGCCGCCGGUGGGGGCGGGGCCGGAGGUCCGGCUGGGCCCCGAGUUUCCCCACCGAGCGAGGGGCCGGCCCGCUGCGGCGCCCGCGAGUGGGGCCGUCGGGGUCGCCUGGGUCACCUCAGCCCGAGGGUCCUGCAGGCUCCUGUUCUGACCCCCGCUGCCCUGUCCUCUGAGGGAAGGUGGAGCCACGGAGAGCCCACCUGCGGGACGGUCAGGCCGGAACCGAGGGCCUUACUCCCGGCCGAGCUCGCCGCCCUCCUUGGGGGCUUUCCACAAGCCACUCCCGAUCCAGGAGGGUUGGCCGUGCCCUGCGCGCCGCCGGCUCAGCCCCGCGCUGGGGGGGUGGGGGGGCGGGUGCUCCGCGCUGCAGAGCGGAAGGCAUCUGCCCUGCACCCCGAGGGCUCGGCCCUGCGGACGGAAGGCUCCCCCGGAGCUCAGGAGCGCACUCUGCGGUGAGGGAGGCCCGUUCGGCAGCGUCCGUUGCGCUCGCCCUGGUGCUGGGCACUGCGCGGGGCCGGGGGACGUGCCAGUACCCACUGACGCAAGGGAAACGGAGUCCAGGGAAACCGCAUCAGAGCGGGGCGGGCAGGUGGGCAGGGGGGCGCUCCCGCCGCGCCCCGCCUGUCCCUUGCAGACCCAUCAGGAGGCGGGACUUGACCUUGCACGUGGACACGGCUCCGCUCCUGGGGUCUGGGAAGGGACGCUGGCUCAUCACCUGUCCCCCCACGAGCACUCGGCUCCCUCCAGCAGUGGGAAGCCGCCGCACUGCGGUCCCGGUCCCCCCGCGGACGUCCAGCUCAUGACCGCGCUCUGGACCUAGCCUUUCCCUCCUCAAGACACCGCGUCGCCCCUUGGUUCCUCACACCCGCCUGUGGUUUGUCACACUGCAGUGCAUUUUUACUCCCCAGUCCACGCCUCUUUCGCGGGUGAAGUAAGGGGCGGGUCUGACGCCGAACACCUCGGGCCGGUCUGUGAACAGG